GGAGCUUGAUUUAGAUGUUUUGAAAUAAAGACCUCAUGCAGAGUGCCUCUCAUUGACCUUCGCCAUUAUGCUCAAUGAUCGGUCUGUAAAACUAGAGAUACUCUGAUAGUUGUUUUCUCUUUUAGAAAAAGAUAAUGGUCAUCGACAGACAAAACAUCACAGUUAUUUUUUAUCUAAAUAAAAUGGUGUAGUUCAUGCUAUCUUGAAAGUACAUUCGGGUUCGCUAAUGACUGUCCUCCCUUGCAUCAUAAUCAUAACAUGACAGAAUACACUGUUGGGUGCGAGGUAUCUUGAGGUUUCGCAAAUGAUGUAUCAAAGAAUUUCGUCUCUUGGUUUGAUUUCCUAUCUUUCUUCUUCUUCGGAGGACAUUAAGUCCACAAGUUCAGAAAUGGUUGAGCAAGAAGGGAGACGGAGUAAUGGCGGACCACAACAAGGAUAUGGCACCAUCAAUGCAGGCUCGACGAGUAUCAACUGCGUAAAUGCGGCCUACGAAAGCCGGCGCACCGUUGGCAAGAAACGGGAUGGGAUCAAGUGGCCGGAUGGCGGAGCGCAAGCGAUUUAUGUCAUAUUCUUACUUACGCUACUAAAUGCUGCAAACAAGAUGGACAGGUACGUUUUGAUCGAGGUAAUCAAGGAGAUGGCGGAAGAUCUCGAGUUCGGGGAUCGUAGCUGUUUGAAUGCCACCACCCCCAUCAACCCCACUGAUAACGUCGAGGAAAGAGAGAAAUACAGCUGUGACCCUCAGAGGUAAGUCGACGGUCGUCCAUCAUAGCGAUACAUAUUUAGCGGUCACCUACUUAGUGUUCAGUGGUCAGUAUUACUC